GUUUGUUCUGAAAACAGCUAUAGGGAACCCGUGACGCACUGGCGCCAGGUCGCAACCCGUGACGAAUAAAGAUCUUGCAAUCUGCAAUGCAGCAAUCACCCAUUUAUAAGGAGUGCACAACGUUACAGACGGAUGCUGGUCAAGGAAGUAAACGUCAACGGCUCAACAUGGCCAUCGAUCAAGGGGGCCCCGACGCGGGGCCGCUGGCCUCAACGGACUAUCAUCGCGUAUCGGCUCGAGUGCUCGAGAUUGCAAAUAAACUCCGGGCUUUGGGUGUCGACAGCGUAUUGCAGGUGCCCACGCUGGUGAUUGCGGGCGACCAGUCCAGCGGCAAGAGCAGUGUGGUGGAGGCCAUUGCCGGCGUGCCCCUGCCGCGCUCCGACGGCACAUGCACGAGGUGCCCCACCGAGGUCCGCAUGAGGACACAAGCUGCGAACGCCGACCUGGCGAGCGACAUGGAGUCUUCAGGAGGCGGGGAGGACGGAAGCGGCAUGGAGGAGGACGGGGAGGGGGCUGCCAACGGCGCGGAUGGCAAGCGGCGGCCGGCGUGGCGAUGCCGCAUCAAGCUGUGCCGCGACUACGACAGCGAGGACAAGCCGCUGGCAGAGAAGCCGCCCGAGCAGCCGUUCUGCGUCGUGAGGGACAAGGCGCACAUCGCCGCCUGCGUGUCGGCCGCGCAGGCCGUGCUGCUCAACCCGCGCGCCGUGGAGGCGGCGGCGGGCGGCCCGCAGGCGUUCGUGCCCGAGCUGUCCAGCGCCCACUCGCCUUCACAUCCAAACAAGGUGGUGCUGGAGAUCGACGGCGCCGAGGCGGACCUGACCAUCAUCGACCUGCCUGGCAUCAUCCACGACCACCCCAAGGGCCGCCACCUGGUGGAGGUGGUGGAGCGCAUGACUAAGACCAACCUGGCGCCGGCGCACCACAUCAUCGCCAUGGCGCUGCCCGCGGGGCUGGACCCGGAGACGCAGGCCAUUCGGCUUUGGGCACGCGAAGUGGACCCCGACGGUCACCGCAGCAUCGGAAUCAUCACAAAGCCCGACAUGAUUGCGGAGGAGGCGCACAUCGUGUGCAACAAGCUGGUGAAGCUGGUUGGAGCCAGGGGCGAGCUAGGCCCAGGAGGCACGCGGUCCCAGCCCGAUGGCCAUCUGCGCCUGGGCUACUACGUGGUGAAGAAUCCUAGCCAGGAGCAGCUCGUGGAGGGAAUCACGUUCGAGAAGGCUCGCGAGAUCGAAGCUCGCUAUUUUGCUAACCAUGUGCACUGGCGCCCAGCCAUGGCAACCUCGCCCGGGCUGGUGCAGCGACUGGGAGCGAACGCGCUACGCUCCGGGCUGAGCUUGCUGCUGGUGGAAAGGAUUGAGGAGCAGAUGCCGGCGAUGCGGAAGAGCGCGCGGGAGCAGCUUGACAAGCUGCGUGCUGAGCUAGCAAGCCUGCCGCCGGUGUGCGUGGACCCCAACCAUGAGCUGUUCCAGCUGCUGUGGCGGGUGGCGGACGGCCUGGACGCGGCCGCACACGCGCGGUCCGACACCGGCGACCACGCCUUCUACCAGCUCAUGGACCGCUUCUAUCGCGAGUACGGCAGGCACGUCAUGCGCAGCACACCCGCCUUCCUGGUGGGCACCACACUGAUUAGUGCGCUCAAUAAGUCGGAGAAAAUGAUGGGCGCGGGCGGCGGCGACGACGGCGGCGACCUCGACCUGCAGUCCGUGCUGCCGGUGAUGAAGCAGGCGGCCGGCGGCGGUGCCGUCACUAGCAGCGAGCGGGUGGAGGCGGCGCUGGCGGCGGGCAGCGAGGCGGUUCAGGAGCUGCUGUCCAGCAACCUGCUGCCGCAGAGGCCCAUGACGCUGGCCGAGGUGUCACGCCUGCGCCAGCGCCACCUGGGCCGCGAGCUGCCCGGCUUCAGCCCCUACAGUGCCAUGGAGGAGCUGCUGCGGCGCUUCAAGGGCCAGUGGCGGGAGCACGCGGAGGGCUGCCUGCAGGAGGUGGAGGCGGCGGUGCGCGAGCUGGCGGGCAAGACGGUGGCGGAGCAGCUGCGGCGCUACCCCAAGGCCGAGCGCGUGGUCGGCCGCGCGCUGUCCAGCCACGUGGACACGCUGGUGGCGGCGGCGGAGGCGCAGCUGUCGGAGCUGCUGGGCAUGGAGGACAGCGACGUGUUCACACUGAACGACCACUACCUGAGAGACACGCAGAGCACCUUCCUGGCCCGGCUGAAGCGCGCCUACCUGCAGCCCCAGGCGCUGGACGACAACAGCAAGUACCAGGUCCAGAACUUGCUUAACCAGCUGGCGGGCUACGGCGUAAAGUUCACCAGCUACGAUGCCGCCUUCCUGGCCCAGCCCACGCCGGUGGAUGACGAGCUGCACAUGGCCGCCUCCUGCCUCGCCUACUUCAAGGUGGCCUUCAAGCGCAUCCAGGACGAGGUGCCCAUGGCCAUCCGCCGCACGCUGCUGCGCCGCCUGGGCGACCGGCAGCAGCUGGAGGCGGCGCUGAGGGGGGAGCUACCUGACGUGGCGGCGGAGGCGCGGGGGCUGCUGGAGGAGGACGCGGCGGUGUCGGAGCGGCGGCGGCAGUGCGUGGAUAUGGAGCGGCGGCUGAGGGAGGCGCUGACCGUGCUGCACAGCCCCGCGACGCAGCUGUGAGCGCCGGCGGCACAGCUUGGUAGGGGGCGUAAAGGUCGCUGAUUUCGUCACCGGUUACCUGGGAUGCGGUGGCGGCAGUUACCUAAUCGUGGCUGGUGGCACUUGAGGCAGUUGGGGAGAGGGGGCCGGUACGGUGCUCGUGGCGUUGCAGGUGUUGGAGGGGAGGCGCUGUGAGGCCGAGGGGGCAGAUGUGCGCGUGCGUGCGUUCAUUAGGCGGGAGCGGCGUGACCAGAUGGGAGGCGUGCGUUACGGCUGGAUGUUGAAAGGGCAACCCACAGGAGGUUUGGGGAGUUUGUACGGAGUUUGAAUGGUGGAGGCCGGAGGCGGCGCCGUUGCCUUAAGCGCUGGGGACGAUGUAGAAACCCCACACAAUGACGUGCAUUGCGGAACUAAUGCGUACGUAGACCAGAGCGGAACUGCGGAAGGCGGAGCCCAAAAGGGUGCGACACGUUCAUGGCUCCAUACCGGUGUACCGUUCGUGCCUUGCGCUGCGAGGACUGAUACACCGUGUAACAGUCAAGUCCC